GGAUUUUAUUCAGAUGUUGCUUACUUUCCCACUUGAUCCUCCUCACGUCACUAUUGAAAUCAUGCAAGAUUCGAUUUAUGCUAAUUCGCCAAUUCUAGAUGAUCAAAGAUUUGCUGAUGAAUUU